AUUCAGUUUGGCCUGAUCGGCAGGUCUGAUGGAUGCCUGUUUUACUGGCUGUUCCUGUGACUAAAGGAUUUUUUUUUUUUUUUUAACUCUACAGACAUAGACAGGCACUCUGUUGUCCUCCUCUUGUCCCAUCCCCUUGUGGACUGUUUUUUUUUACGGGUAUUAAGCAUUACAGUUGUGUGGACACAACCCUCAUUCUUUCAUUCCAGCUUCCACUGGACCCGCAUGGGCUUAUGCUUCCUAAGUGUUGGACCGGGAAGCAGAAAUGUGAUCCUCUGUUUUGCGGUGUGUUUUGGGCAGCAGCAGCAGCGUGGUUUCCAUGGAAAAGACCAGAGAAAUAUGGCGACGAGGGGCUGCGUGAACGCUCUACCCCUAUGUCUUUGGUCCAAGUGAAAUCAAAGCCAGCUAGCGUAGCACUGCAAGCUCCGCCCUGGAAUUCCUUGUUCAGACUCUUCUCAUGUGUAGCCACAAGGAGCGUGCACAGGACUAAAGAGGUCCCCACAUUUCAAGAGAAGACGAAAGCCUUAUUUGGAAAUCUUAUGGACGAAGAAAUGAGUCGCCAGACUGCCACCGCGCUGCCCACAGGAACCUCCAAGUGCCCCCCCUCCCAGCGCGUGCCCACCUUGUCAGGCACCACUGCCUCUAACAGCGACCUGGCCAGCCUGUUUGAGUGCCCUGUCUGCUUCGACUAUGUCCUACCCCCCAUCCUGCAGUGCCAGUCUGGACACCUGGUAUGCUCCAACUGCCGGCCCAAGCUCACUUGCUGCCCCACCUGCCGAGGCCCCCUGGGCUCCAUCAGGAACCUGGCCAUGGAGAAGGUGGCUAACUCUGUCCUCUUCCCCUGCAAGUACGCCUCAUCGGGCUGCGAAGUCACCCUGCCUCACACUGACAAGACGGAGCACGAAGAGCUGUGCGAAUUUCGGCCGUACUCCUGCCCCUGCCCCGGCGCCUCCUGCAAGUGGCAGGGCUCUCUGGACGCUGUCAUGCCCCACCUGAUGCACCAGCACAAGUCCAUCACCACACUGCAGGGGGAGGACAUUGUGUUCCUGGCCACGGACAUCAACCUCCCAGGAGCAGUGGACUGGGUAAUGAUGCAGUCCUGCUUCGGUUUCCACUUCAUGCUGGUGCUGGAGAAGCAGGAGAAGUACGACGGGCAUCAGCAGUUCUUCGCCAUCGUGCAGCUCAUUGGCACUCGCAAGCAGGCCGAGAAUUUCGCCUACAGGCUGGAGCUCAACGGGCACCGGCGCCGCCUGACCUGGGAGGCCACGCCGCGCUCCAUCCACGAGGGCAUCGCCACGGCCAUCAUGAACAGCGACUGCUUGGUGUUCGACACGUCCAUCGCACAGCUGUUCGCCGAGAACGGAAACCUGGGCAUCAAUGUCACCAUCUCCAUGUGCUAAGAACUUUUGAAGAGAAGAGGGUCAAAAAGUCACAGAUUGUCAGGGGGCAUUUUUUUUUUAGAAAAAAAAAGGGGGGUCAAAUCGGUUGUGACCUCACAGCGUUAACCCCCCCUCUCUGCCUCACCCCUUGAAACGUGGAACUGGACUGUCUGAUCGGGCAGCCGCGGAGGGCCAGGGGGUGGGAUGGAUGAAUGGAUGGAUGGAUGAGUGGAGGAAUGAAAUAAAAAGGACGCAACUGUGUAGUGACGGCUAUAGACUUCUAAAAACACACGCAAACAUACGUGAGACUCUUGCACGCACAUGCAGUCUCGCCCUCAUCAAACAGAAACUGAAAAGCUGUUCAGUCAAACUCGCUCGUCAAACUCUCGUGAUUUUUUUCCCCACCGCUCUUAUUUUAGUGUCGAUCUUUUCUUCUCUUCCCCCCUCCGUCAUCCUCAGACAUUUCAGACACUACAGCUCUGCGACCUUCGCUCAGACGCCGGAGGCCGGUCGUCACUGAGCAGCCCUGGCGGCUACACACUGAGGAAGCUAUAUUUCAAACACGGACUCCCGGUCAGUCAGCUAACAAGCUCCCCCUGCUGUUUGUAUUCCACGUCAGACCUCCUGGAUUGAACGGUUCACACGCUACCGACACUCGUAGGGCUCCAACCGUGGCGUCUUUAGCCAGCUCAGUCUGGAACCCAGAGCUCAACAAGUUCUGUAUCACAGAUUUGGGUAUUAAUCUUCACCUGGGAUUGGAACCGCCGCCCACAGACAUGGACGGCAGUAGCACCAAUAACCACCCAGCCGUGUCUGGGACCGCAGAUCGGUCUAUCGAACAUCUGGUUUCCUAACAUCUGGCCCACAUCCGGUCCAACCGAGGCUAAAGAUUGUGCAUCGGACGCUCUUUAAAUAGUCGUUGUUGAUAGUUAUUAGAACUGCUCUCAUACUGUAUGGAUUUAAGAAGGCCCUCAGCUCCAUCAGCCCUGGAUUGUUUUUCUGAUUAUUUUCACGAAGCGGACACCGCAGUGGAGUUCUCACACACACAAAACACACACCUGUUCCUUGCAUCACAGGCCGUGUGUGCAGGUGUAAUAGUUGAGUGCGUGUCGGAGCAUUUUUGAGGAUUAGAGGGGUCUAUUGUUUGUUUGUUUUUUUCAGAACGAGAAAGAAAAAAAACACUGCAUUUCAGUUGAGUCAGUUUUCUU